AUGGGAAAAACUACACUAAAAGAGUUCGAGGCCGUCUUCCCUCUUCUCGUUGACGAGAUCAUGGCCGUCUUGGAGGGCUACAAGAUCUCUUCUGAGGCUGCUGCUUGGUACCGAAAGGUCUUAGAGCAUAAUACUGUCGGUGGAAAAUGCAAUCGCGGCAUGUCCGUCGUCGAUACCUACAGUACUCUCACCAACCAAGAUAAGCUCUCCGACGAAGACUAUCUUCGUAGUGCCAUCCUUGGAUGGUGCACCGAAUUGCUUCAAGCUUUCUUCCUGGUUUCCGAUGAUAUCAUGGAUGGUUCCAAGACCCGUCGUGGCAGCCCAUGCUGGUAUCUCCAUGAAGGUGUUGGUAAUAUUGCAAUCAACGACGCCUUCAUGCUCGAAUCCGCCAUCUACAUCCUUCUCAAGAAGCACUUCCGUAACACUCCCUACUACAUCGACCUCAUCGAGCUCUUCCACGACGUCUCUUUCCAAACCGAGCUCGGCCAGCUACUUGACUUAAUCACCGCUCCAGAGGACCGUGUCGACCUCUCCAAAUUCUCCCUUGAGAAGCACUCCUUCAUCGUUAUUUUCAAGACUGCUUACUACUCAUUCUACCUACCUGUUGCUUUGGCUAUGUACAUGGCUGGUGUCGCCACACCUGAGAAUCUCAAGCAGGCCCACGAUGUCCUCAUCCCAUUGGGCGAGUAUUUCCAGAUCCAGGAUGACUAUCUUGACUGCUAUGGCGACCCAGAGCACAUCGGCAAAAUCGGUACUGACAUCAAGGACAACAAGUGUGGUUGGCUCAUCAACCAGGCCUUGGCGAUUGCUACUCCAGAGCAGCGUCAGGUCCUUGAUGACAAUUACGGAAAGAAGGAUGAUGUCGCAGAAGCUAGAGUCAAGAAGGUCUUUUUGGAUUUGGAGCUCGAAAAGAGAUAUCAAGAUUACGAAGAGACUGUCGUCGGUAAGAUCAGGACAUUGAUCGAAGGUAUCGAUGAGACAACCGGCUUCAAGAAGGAUGUCUUGACCAACUUCUUGAAUAAGAUUUACAAGAGAAGCAAGUAA